UCCCAUGCGGCUGUGAGGCAGUCUUGGCGGUUUUCCCGCCCCCCCAUCCGGGGCGGGAAGCGAGGGGCCAAGCCCCUGCCCGAGGUGGGCGGCUCACCCAGGCUGGAGCUAAAGAAGGACGUAAGAUUUCAUUCAUCUCCAUUCCUAUCACAUGUGGAAAAAUUUAAUUGCUGCUGAACAUAUUUGAACCAUCCAAGGCUGAAAGCUUUAAGAAAUUACAACUACGAUGAAUUUCUUUCAAAAAAAUAAAAUGGAUUCAUCACAUAGCAGUGAAAUGUAUAAGAUAGAAGAGAACCAAUUCAAAUGUACUUAUCCAGAUGAGAGAAGAGAAAAGAAUCAUGUUUAUUGUCUUCUUGAUAUCAGUGACAAUACACUUGAGCAAGAGCAAAAUGUAAAAUCCAAGGAAUUUUUUAUUGGCACCGGAUGGGAGGAAGCAGUACAAGGCUGGGGUAUGGCUUCUCCAACUGCCUGCAUUUGGCCAAGAAAGAAAUGCAAAAAACCAAGGGCAGGAGAAUGUGUCAGCAAAUGUUUGCUUUGUUUAAAUAUGUUACAAGUCGCUGACAAAAACAUGGUGCCUGAGCCUAAGUCUUUUGGUGAUCCAGCCAAGCCCGAGAUGAAACUGCAAGCCAGCUCACCAGUCAUUGUGAUGACAGAAAAGGAAGAAAUCAUCUCCUCAAGCCAGGAUGUAGCCAACUGUGCAGAAAGUCCAACCAAGGAAACCAGCAAAAUCUACUUCCCAUCCCCUAGUCAGGGGGAACGGAAGAGCCUACAAGUCAAGGAGUUUGUUUGGCACCCCGAGAAGUGGUUUGCACCAGACAGUUUCAAGGAUGUCAAAAAGCCAGAAAUUGCUUGUGUCCAUUCAGAUAAAGAUAACAAUUCUUUGGAGUCUCUGACUUCCAAGAAUCUUUUAGUUCUGCCUCCCCUCAAAGCAUCUUCCAAAAAUAGCCUAGAUACCAUUGCAAAGAAGAGUAAAGCCAUUUUCACUCAGUCUGAAGAGAAACCGCCCAGCUCAGAUAAAAUUGAGACUGUUCCUUGUAUUUAUGGGAACAAGACCUUUGAUCACAAAAGUGAAAAGAGAAUCGUUGAAACAAUAAGGGGUUCCAUGGACAAGCAUCUGAAGCUAAAUGAUGUAUCUUCUCUUUCUCCACAAAUUACAAGGACUUUGUUUCCUGAGCCCGAGCGAUGCUGUUUGCACUGGUCCUUUAUGCCGGAGAAAGAUUUGGCAUCCAGUUCUAAUUCAAUUAAUUCCAGAAAGUUUAGCCAUCUUGCCACAUUGCGACUUAUGGAAAAACAGGGAAUGCAGAAUGGUAAAGUCAAAAUCAGAAAUGAGUUAAGACCUGUUAAUGUCAGAAAGCGAAAUAUCCUUGAGGCCAAGCGAGAAAGCCUGUCUAAAACUCUGGAGGCCAAGGUCUUUUCAGGUCCCAUGUUGCCGUCUUUAACUGUGAACAGAGUUGUAAUUCCCAUGCUGCCUCAUAGACUUCUUUAA